CAAAGGAUCAGAUGUUUUGCACGUGAGACGCGAUGUCAGGUUACCCGUCGCGCGCACCCCCGCCGGUGCCAAGGUAUCACCCCCGAGGGGGCGGGCAGAACUCCCCUGGGUAUGCAAACGAUCCUCAGCAUCUACAGCCUGACACAGGUCCUCGCAGCGCGAAUUCACUCCAACCUCCCGCGUCCCCAGGGGUAACGGGCGUGGUGGGACCCCCACGGCCGGCCAAGUCCAUGUUCAACGGCCCUGGGGUGGGGCGCAGUCAGCCACCCAUCAGUCCGCCCAACCGCAGCCCCAGGUACAAAGACUCCAGCGAUGCACAUAAUAGAUUUCACCGGGGCUCAAGCAAUUUUGAUCAGAUCCGGAUGGACUGUCUGCGGAGGGGGAUCAUGUUUGAGGACCCAGACUUUCCUGCAAGUGACACAUCGCUCUACUACAGCCGAACACCCCCCUACAGAUUUGAGUGGAAACGACCCAUGGAGAUAGCUGGUUACAGUCGGCAGAAAGCUUCGUUCUUUCUUGACGGAUCAACGAGAUUCGAUGUUAAACAGGGAAGUCUAGGUGAUUGCUGGGUGGUUGCCGCGGUAGCAUGUCUCACUAGUCCAGAUCACCAGGAGCUGUUCCGGCGUAUUGUGCCGGCCGAUCAGGGUUUCCAAGAGGGCUGGUACGCGGGACUGUUCCGCUUCAACUUCUGGCACUUUGGCAAAUGGAAGGAGGUGAUCGUAGAUGAUCGACUGCCGACGUCACGGGGGGAGCUCAUGUUUGUGCACUCACAUCAGAAGAACGAGUUCUGGGCAGCAUUGUUGGAGAAGGCAUAUGCAAAGCUGUAUGGUUCAUACGAGGCUCUCAAGGGUGGUAAUGUGGCUGAUGCACUGACUGACUUCACAGGGGGCAUAACUGAGGGGUACAUCCUGCGUGGACCAAACGCGGACGUGCCAAGGAGCAUCGUGAACAUUCUCUUCAAGUCCCUGGAUCGGCAGUCUCUCAUAGGAUGUGGAAUCAAUUCUUUGAAGGGUGGGGCUACGGAGACAGAGUUGCCCAACGGUCUUGUGGCAGGACACGCCUACAGUAUCACUGACCUGAGAGAGAUUCUUUUGAUGUCUGCCAAUGGCCAAGUGCCUGUGACCUUGAUUCGUGUCCGCAACCCCUGGGGAACCCCUGUGCGAUGGAAUGGGCUCUGGGGGGAAAGGUCAUCAGAGUGGAAGAGCAUCCCAGACCAGGAGAAAGAGAGGAUGGGGCUGGUGUUCAGGGACCCAGGGGAGUUCUGGAUGGAUUUCAGUGACUUUCAGAAGAACUUUGACACGGUAGACAUCUGCAACCUGACGCCCGACUCCCCGAUCGACAUGCCUCGCCAGUGGCAUACCUCAGAGUUUCACGGGCGAUGGCAGAAGGGAUUCACUGCUGGCGGUAGACCCACACUCAGGGACACCCACUGGUGCUGCCCGCAGUAUCGACUGAGACUUCAGAACACAGAUGAGGAUGAUGACACAAUGUGCAGCUUCCUCCUGCAGCUCAUGCAGAAAGACCGACGCAAGAUGAAGAACAAGGCAGAGAGGCUCGUCUUCAUAGGAUUUGUUAUUUAUAGAUAUAAAUCUGGCUAUCCACUGCCAUUAAAACGGGACUAUUUUGAUCUCAAUGAUCGUGUAGCUAACUGUGAUAUGUUUGUAAACUCGCGGCAAAUCAUCCAGCGCCUAGUGCUGCCACCCGGUGACUAUGUGUUCAUGCCGUGUGCAUACGACGUCAACGAAGAGGCGGACUUCUACUUGAGAUUCUUCUUUGAAAAUAAAAAUUCUGCAGAAGGCACAGAUGAGCCAUCAGAGAAGCUGGAUAUCGCGCUACCUCAGGUACAGGCUGACAACGAGCAGGAGGAGCAGUUUAGGAGGUUUUUCUACUCUGUAUCAGGGGAGGACAUGGAGGUUAAUCCGUACGAGUUGAUGAAAUCCUUGAAUGAUGGCCUGAAGAGAGAUGAGCAUUUCAUAGAUACAUUCCACAAGGACCUCAGUGUGGAGGCCUGCAAAUGUUUCAUCUCGGUCCUGGACGUGGACAACUCUGGCCGCCUGGGAUACACAGAGUUCCUCUACCUGUGGAGUCUACUCAGGUCUUGGAAGCGUUUGUUCAGCCAAUAUGAUGCGGAGUCUACUGGAACCAUGAGCUCCUUUCAGCUGAGGACUGCCCUCCUGGAUGCAGGUUUCAAGCUGACUACAGGCACAGUUGCGGCCCUUGUGUUCAAAUACUCCAACGUGCACAACCAGAUCAGUUGUGAGCACUUCCUCUGCUGUCUGGCAAAGCUCACCAAACUGUUCAACAUCUACCAGAAAUUCAGGAAGAACGGUCAUGCAGUGUUCACAAUAGAACAGUGGUUAGAACAAUCCUUAUGUACAUGAAAAUGGGAAAGAAUCUUUACAUGGUGCUAUAAAGAGAAGUCACACAAGAGAUUUUGUGGCCAUCAAAGAUGUAAGAGGUCGUGGCUUUGAACCUUAUGCAGGCUUAACAACCUCAUACAUUGUGUGAGAGGACGUGACUGUCUUGCUGCAGUGAGAGACUUGACAAAGACAGAAUAAGUGUUUUUGAAAUCAGGGCUUAAUGCAUAGUCCCAAAUUAGGGAAAAAACGUUCUGCUUUUAUGGGGUUUUUUGUUUAAAGGAUGUCUCUUUUAAACAAAAAUCCAGUUAAGGCGGAAAGUGUCGUCCCUUUUUAGCCUGUUUUAAUUGCACAGGCUUAUCUGGGACUUUACACUAUGCAUUAAGCCCCAUUUUCCAAGAACGAGGCUAAAAUGUUGAACUGAUGAGUUGUUAUUGUUGGUUUCAGUAGGAAAUUUACUGUGAAAUGUGAGAUGUAUGAUGCAGAUCCGUUUUAUCACGGAUCCAUUGAUGUUUUGUGUGCUAGAAGCACAGACAAGUGAAGCAGUCUUAAAACAGAGAUGGGAGUUUUCUGGUACAGGCUAAAGCUAUGUAGCGUACAUGCAAAAGGCAAAAUUAUAAUAUCACAUACAUACUAUGAGCCUCGCUCUGCAAAAACAGGGCUUAAAACAUGUGUGUAAAGUGUUGUCCCAAAUUAGCCUGUGCAGUUUGUUUAAUUGAAUUGUUUAAGAAGUAAGAUCAGACUUCCUUUAAGCAAAGAAAAACUAAAAAGUGAAAAUCUUUCCCUGAUGUUUGUCUGUUUGGACAUCACAGGCUAAUCUGGUAUGACACUUUACGCACAUACAUUUAACCCCAAUGGCCCAGAGGAGGCUCUUAUAUGUGAUUAGCAAAGACAUUUAUAAUCUAAAAAAUAAAAGUGCUUCAUGGAAAUACACUUUAUAAGCGAGGACAACUCAGGUGUUAAAUAAUAUAUAUCAGAAUUUUAAUUAAGCAAACUUAACCAUUGUAUACAACUGAUUACUGAUUUCUGUGAUGAUUUGCUUUAAAUGGGUUCUAUUGUACACAAUCACAAUGGUAUUUUGUUGUUGUCAUUAAGAGGUCUACCUAGCUGGGCUAUUUGAACUGUUGAAAAAUUGAUAGAUGCUGUGUUUUAUCAGAUUUGUUUACUAAUGAUAUGAACUAAGGUUGGAGAAUCGUUGUUUUACUUUAUACUGUUAUAUCCUUAUUAUUGUGAAACGUGGGUUGUCGGAUCGACACAUUUAGCACAUAUAAUGAUAGACACAAAUGUCUCCUUUUUUCCAAAAUCAGAAUUUCACUAAUAUAUGUGUCCCCAAAAAUGUCUUUUUUUAAACCACCAAAUUGCAUGCUAAUGAAUGAAAAAAAAAUGGACAGCUAAUUUCAGCAAGACUUUAAGUGUUAACUGUAUGAGGUUUGUUAUGACUUGAGUUAAGUACUAAAAUAAAUUCUACGUAAUUUUUGAGGGCUGUUCAUUUAUUACCAUUGACAAUGCAAGGUGAUUGAAGGAAGGUAAUACAUGGACAUGGCUGAAUUCAAUCUCGGCGUUUCCUUAGACAUGCCUACUAUAGUUUUUGAACAUCUGAAGAUGUCUUUGCAUCAACAUCAGCGGACUUGACUUUAAACAAAUUGAUCCUUUGUGUUUUUAUUUCUUAUUUUUUAUAAUCCUGUAGUUUUGUUUGAUCUUCAUGUUGUAUUAUUUUUAAUGGAACAGGAUGUUUAUAUACAAAGAACAAAUAUCAGGUUUCCUUUAUGGGAUUUUAUGUUUUUUAUCACGUUUACUUGUUGCCUGUUCGUUUUAUUUUUUAAUCAAAAUUAAGGCAAACUUUUACAUUUUUUUUAAAAUGUUAAGUGCUUUACUUGUUAGUUGUGUACUGUUGUUUCAUAUCAGGUUUUAAGUCUUAUCUUUUUUAUUUUCUAAUUUUGAAAAAUAGUUUAUACUAUACCAAAUAUCGCAUAUGCUGUUGUAUGUUAUGGUCAGUAUAAUGGUUCUAUGGCAAUUGUUCAAACAUUCCAAAAUGUAACACAUUAUGUACAGAACAGUACAAAGUGAGGUAUUGUGAGAGCUUUGUUCUGGGAAAACUGGGCUUAAUGCAUGAACGUAAUGUUGUUCCAGAUUAGCCAGUGCAGUUCACACAGGCAAGUCAUAGAAGGAAGUCACCUUCUGUCUCAACUGCAUUUUUAUUAAAAAGAGACUGCCUUUAAAUUAAAAACUUAAUACAAGGCGAAAGUGUUUUGUCCGUGAUAAGCCCGUGCAGACUGCACAGGCUAAUCUUGGACGACAUCCUAUGUGCAUGUAUUAAGCCUAGUUUUGCCAGAAUGAGGCUCAUUUUAUGUGAGUGCUAUAUUGUAAGUACAUGUAUAGAUGUAGAUAAGUGUUUUUAGCUCAUCUAUUUCUUGAAAAAAAAAAUGAACUAUUGUCAUCACCUUGGCGUCGGCGUCUGGUUAAGUUUUGAGUUUAGGUCCACUUUUCUCACAAAGUAUCAAUGCUAUUGCAUUCAAACAUGGUACACUUACUUACUAUCUGAGGGGACUGGGCAGGCAAAGU